AUGAAUAUUAUUCACCCACUAGUAUCAACUGAUGUUAUGGAUGAUUAUGAAACUAUUUCUACUCGAAUGAAUAAAUCAAAUCAAUGUGAUAUUCGAACUGGUAUUCGUUAUAAUAAUCGAACUAAACGUAAUGUAUCUUCUCGUUUUGUUCAAAAGAAAAAAUGUCCACCAUCAAAUGACAAGAAGAAGCAACACAAGCAUGAAAGUUUCCAUAAAUAG